AUUGAGAAAAAUCUUAAAAUUAGGCUGUGUUUUGUAAUCUAAUUUAUUUAAUCUCACGAGGUAAAGAUGUAAUGCAAUUUAUACAAUAUGUGGUUGAUAUGUAAUUAUCGUAAGCUUCACACAGUACAUAAAAUUGUAAUGACGUUAUCCUAGUGUUAUCAGGCCGAUAUGCUUUUGAAGCUAGCACGAUAAGAAUUGGUUACGCGUGGCUCCUUCGUGCCUCUUAUCAGGUUGUUUGCCGUCUUGGCGUGAACUUCGAAUGCCCUCGCCCGACCUCAUAGUUCCUCGGCCGGCUUAUCACGAUGAAUAAAAUGAGACGACGGAAGAGGAGGAAUGCCAAGUGACUGUCGGGAUUGUCUGGGAAUUCGUUUUCGAAUUAGCACCCUGCACCAGACUUGGAAGUGGCUGCAUCAGACCAUCGCCCUCCACGAGUACCUUAUCGCCCUCUCAGCAUCUGCUGCCGAUGCUCCUUGUGCUCAACACUAGAGUGUUCCACCAGAAUCUUUGAACACAAACUUUAGUGAUAUAAUUAGGACUAUUACUACCAAAUUAA